AUGGCCACUCAAACGGAGUCGGUAGUGGAAGUACCAAUAACCAAAUCCACCAAGCCACUAGAAAAAUACAUUCAUCCGCCUGAGUCAAAGCAAGACUUGAAAUAUGCAGACCUGGUCACAAUCGACCUGUCCGAGUUUGAUCGUCCCGGUGGGAAAGAGAAGCUGGCAGCGCAGUUGAAAGACGCUGCCCACGAAGUUGGCUUCUUCUACGUGGCCAAUUUUGGUCUCACCCAGGAACAGAUCGACCGGCAAUUCGCCAUCGCAAAAGAAUUCUUCUCGCUUCCGGAGGAAGAACGACGCAGUUUCCGCGCCCCCCUGGAAGAAGGAAUCUACAAUGGCUACCGACCCCUCGGCUCGAUCGAGAUUCUCCCCGGGCUCCGUGACAAUAUCGAAUUCUACAACAUCAUGAAGUUCCUCCCCCAAUACGACCGAAGUCACCCAGACGUAGUGCGACGCUACUGGGAGGAAAUCGAGAAGUUCCACCGUCACUGCCACGAACACAUCGCUUACAAGCUCUUCCGGCUCCUUGCAAUCAUCCUAGAGCUACCAGAAGAGCAGCUCGUAGAUGGACAUCGCUACGAGGCAGAGUGCGACAGCGGUCUCCGCUACAUGUGCUACCGAGCCCGUACACCAGAGGAGAAUGAGAAAUACAAGCAUCUCUAUUCCCGCGGACACACCGACAACGGGACCAUCACCUUUGUAUUUCAGCAGCCUGUGUCCGCCCUCCAGGUCAAGAAAUACGAUGAUUCAGAAUGGGAAUAUCUCGCGAUCCGCCCGGGAACGCUGGCGGUGAAUAUCGCGGAUAUCAUGACCAUGUUGUCGAAUGGGUGGUUGAAGAGCGGCGUGCACCGCGUGAUUGUUCCCCCUGAGGAUCAGCAGCACCACGAUCGGCUCGGGAUACUGUACUUUGUGCGGCCGAGCGAUCGCUUGCAGCUGAAGAGUGUGGAUAGUCCGCUACUUCGGAGGGAGGGGUAUCAUAAGGAUACUACGGACAUUGAUAUUCCAGCACCCGAAUGGACUAGGGCGAGAAUCAAGAAGAAUUGGACUAGGUCACCCACUGAUCUAACUGAGAAUGUCACCAUGGGCGGUUUUAAGGCAAAGGUAUUCUAUGAGUGA